AUAUUUAUUUUGCUUUCUUGGGAUUUUUAUAAGAAAAAAAAAAGUGAUCGGAGCGGUGAAUCGUUAAGUCAUGUCAUCGAUGACGGAGAACGAGAAGGAGAGAGAUCCACAGCAAGAGAUUGAAGAGACUACACCGCUGUUAGAAGAGUCUCAACCGGACGGUGAAUUGAGAUCGAAGACCGCGGCGGGGAAGAUGCCGGAAGUGGAGAUCCAUUUGUAUAAGAGUGGAAAAGGUCCGAUCGAUGUGUUCAAGUCAAAUCUCGGCGGUUAUGAGCAGGACCAGCUCGAGGUUCGAUCUAUUCUUGAGAAAUAUGGACUCAAAUCCAUCUUCGCUUUCAACGUCGAGAAAGGUCGUGCUGUUCCGAUCCGAUUUCACCCUAGGAAUGGCCGGUCUGUGCUGCCUUACAGGGAUGGUGCCGUCAUUUACAUCGACGGUGAACCUCAGGACUCCCUGAUCAAACCCAUCACAAGAAUCAUUCUUGGAGUCGUGAUUGUUACGCUCUUGAUAACAUUUUUAUUGAAAGACCCUCCAGCGUGGAUCAAAAACAACAUCUCCAUUGGAACUUUUCCUCCGUGGGUGCUCGCUUGCAUAGUAAUAGUAUUCACUCGAGCUAGGAAGAGAACCAGAGAUUUUUUAAGGAAGUAUGGCUGGUGAUAUGAUAUCACAGACCCCUUACACAGGUCUCGUUUUAAAUGUGGUCGAAAUUGUAGUCUUUUCAUCGACCAUAGAUAUAGAGGUUCUCUUUGACCAAAAAAAAAAGAUAUAGAGGUUCUCUUGUCUUAACCCAACAAGUUCCUUUCUUUGGCAACACUCUUUUGUCUUUGAUAAGCCUUGAGGCACCCAUUUGCUUGCUUUCAGAACCAAGGAGAGAGCAAGCAUUUUCUCAAUCUGCAUCUUGUUAAAAUUUAAUGGUUUUUUUGCAUUUCCAUGUGUAAUGCAGUGUGGUCUUUAUGGAAGCUGAAACUUGGUUUCUAAAAAACAAAGAUUAGUAAAGCUACAAAGCCUGUCCAUGUUUAAUAUAUACAUUGCUCC